UAAGAGAAAGAGAGGCGUGGGAGAAUAAUCCACUGACUAGUGACUCUGCCACGCAGCAUUUUCUGUUCCCGACACGCUGCUCUUCAGCUAUCUCUACCCAUUCGCCUUUUUGCUUUUUUGUUUUCCCCUUUUCGUUUCUGUUAUUAGAGCUGCGAACUGAUUGGAACCAAUUUGUUACUGAUUUGGGAAUAAAUAAAAUAGAUUAGAAGAGUAAGAUUACUAGAUUGAGUAGGAAUGGAGAGAAUCAGGAGAGCAUCGCAUGCUGGUUCUUGGUACACCGAUAAUCCAACACAGUUAGCUGGGGAGCUUGAUGGGUGGCUCAAAGCAGCUGGAUUGACGAAGUCUUCUGAUGUACGAGGUGUGAUUGCACCUCAUGCAGGUUAUUCAUAUUCUGGUCGCGCAGCAGCCUUUGCAUUUGGUAACAUUGACCCUGAGAAAAUUUCUCGCGUGUUUCUUCUUGGUCCAUCUCACCACUAUUAUACUCCAAGAUGUGCUCUUUCAAGGGCCACUGUUUACAAAACACCAGUAGGUGACUUACCCAUUGAUCUUGAAGUCAUUGAAGAGCUGAAAGCUACUGGGAAAUUUGAAAUGAUGGAUCUUCGAGUUGACGAAGCAGAGCACAGCAUGGAAAUGCACCUGCCAUAUCUUGCUAAAGUAUUUGAAGGGUACUCAGUCAAGAUUGUGCCCAUUUUGGUUGGUGCUCUUAGUGCUGAAAAUGAAGCUAUUUAUGGACAGUUGCUAGCAAAAUAUGUAGAUGAUCCUAGUAAUUUCUUCUCUGUGUCUUCAGAUUUUUGCCAUUGGGGUUCACGGUUCAACUACAUGCAUUAUGACAAGAAACAUGGAGCAAUAUACAGGUCUAUUGAAGCAUUGGAUAGAAUGGGCAUGGAUAUCAUAGAAACAGGAGACCCAGAUGCAUUUAAAGAGUAUCUGUUGGAGACUGACAACACAAUAUGCGGGCGACAUCCAAUUAGUGUUUUUCUCCAUAUGGCGAAGAACUGCUCAACAAAGAUAAAGAUCAAAUUUCUUCGUUAUGAACAAUCGAGUCAGUGCAAAUCGACGAGAGACAGCAGUGUAAGUUAUGCAUCUGCUGCAGCAAGAGUAGACGCCUGAGUGUGUGAAUAUCAAUGCCACAUUUCGAUAGUUAAGAUCUAAGCGCAGAAAAAUGCAUUAGCAUCAGGACAAUGCCAUAUUGAUGAGAUUAGCCGAUUGCGGGUUGCAUCUGUUAAAUCAGCCCCUAGCAGAGGACUAACCAUCAUGUAAACUCGGGGACCAUGUAAACUCGGGGACCAUCCAAGUCCUGUUGACAAACACUGGCUUCCAUUUUUUUUUUCUCCUAAUUGCCUUGAUGACUCAAAUCUUUGUUGCAUUACAAUUUCCACGUCUUCACGUGAAACUGGAAUAAGUAAGGAUCAUUUUUGCUGAUGGUGUGGAAUAAGACACAGAUUACUUA